GGUUUUAGCACUGGUGGCAUCCCACUCCGUUAGUAAUGUGGCUCUUCCUCCGACGUGCAUAUCCGCUCCGCAUCUUGCUGCCGCUGCGUGGGGAGUGGGUGGGUCGGAGGGGCCUGCCCCGAAGCUUGGCUCCAGGACCUCCCCGCAGAAGGUACAGAAAGGAAGCGCUCCCAGCCUUAGAGGUACCAGUAUUGCCUGUGACCACAACUGAAAUCCGCCAGUAUUUACGAGCGCAUGGGAUCCCCUUCCAGGAUGGCCACAGCUGCCUUCGAGCACCAAGCCCCUUUGUGGGGUCCACAGACAUCAAAAAUCAGAAGAAAGAUGCUACCGCUUCCUUCUGCCUCUUCAUUGACAAGACUACGGGACGCUUUCUCUGCAUGACCAGCCUAGCGGAAGGGAGCUGGGAAGACUUCCAGGCCAGUGUGGAGGGACGAGGAGAUGGGGCCAAAGAAGGAGUCCUGCUUAGUGAGGUUCCAGAAGCUGAGGACAGGGAGGAGGUCCUGAGAAUCUGGAACCGAGCCAUACCUCUUUGGGAGCUGCCUGACCGUGAGGAAGCCCAGCUGGCUCGUGUAAUGUUUGGCCUUACCAAGGUGACAGAUGACACACUUAGGAGGUUCAGUGUCCGCUAUCUUCGAUCUGCUCGAAGUCUGGUCUUCCCUUGGUUCACCCCUGGGAGCUCUGGAUUACGUGGCCUGAAGCUACUAGGGGCUGAAGGUCAGGGGGAUGAGGUACGGUAUGUGGAGACCACCAUUCCACGGCCUGGUGCCUAUCACAACCUAUUUGGAUUACCACUGAUCGGCCGUAGAGAUGCUGAGGUGGUCCUGACAAGUCGAGAGCUGGACAGCCUGGCCUUGAGCCAGUCCACGGGGCUGCCCACCCUGUGCCUACCCCGAGGAACAGUCUGUUUACCCCCAGCCUUACUCCCUUACCUCGAACAGUUCCGCCGGAUUGUGUGCUGGCUAGGGGAUGACCUUCGAUCGUGGGAAGCUGCCAAACUGUUUGCCCGAAAGCUCAACCCCAAGCGAUGCUCUUUGGUGAGGCCUGGGAACCAGCAGCCUCGGCCCCUGGAGGCCUUAAACCAAGGCUUAAGUCUUCCCCGUAUUCUUCGUACUGCCCUCCCUGCCUGGCACAAGUCUAUCGUGUCUUUCCGCCAGCUCCGUGAGGAGGUUUUGGGAGAACUAUCAAAUGUGGAGCAAGUAGCUGGUGUCCGCUGGAGCCGCUUCCCAGACCUCAAUCGUCUGCUGAAGGGGCAUCGGAAGGGCGAGCUGACGGUCUUUACAGGGCCAACAGGCAGUGGGAAGACAACAUUCAUCAGUGAGUAUGCUCUGGAUUUAUGUACCCAGGGCGUGAACACGCUAUGGGGUAGCUUUGAGAUCAGCAAUGUGAGACUAGCCCGGGUCAUGCUGACUCAGUUUGCUGUGACACGGCUGGAAGAACAUCUGGACAAGUAUGAAGAGUGGGCAGACCGUUUUGAGGACCUGCCUCUCUAUUUCAUGACUUUCCAUGGACAACAGAGCAUCAGGUCUGUAAUAGACACAAUGCAACAUGCUGUCUAUGUCUAUGACGUUUGUCACAUAGUCAUCGACAACUUGCAGUUCAUGAUGGGUCAUGAGCAGCUCUCUACUGACAGGAUUGCAGCUCAAGACUAUGUUGUUGGAGCCUUUCGGAAGUUUGCUACAGAUAAUAGCUGUCACGUGACUCUGGUUAUUCACCCACGGAAAGAGGAUGAUGACAAGGAACUGCAGACAGCAUCCAUUUUUGGCUCAGCGAAAGCAAGCCAAGAAGCAGACAAUGUUCUGAUCCUGCAGGAUAGGAAGCUGGUGACUGGGCCAGGGAAACGCUAUCUGCAGGUGUCCAAGAAUCGCUUUGAUGGAGACGUAGGUGUCUUCCCACUUGAGUUCAACAAGAGUUCCCUUACCUUCUCCAUCCCUCCCAAGAGCAAAGCCCGACUCAAGAAGAUCAAGGAUGACAAUGGAUUAGUGGCAAAAAAGUCCUCUUCUGGCAAAAAAGGAGCUGUGCACCGGAACUCUGAGCCAUGCCUAGGCCAGGACCCCAGCCCCCAGCAGCCAGAUAGCUCCAAGGCCUCCGGGUGAAAGCAGUGCAUCCGGCUAGCUAAAAUGAGCCCAAUGGACCAGGCUAACGCACACUCUUGGCCUUCUGCUAGGGCUCAUGCACAUAGU